CCCCAUCCAUAAACCCUUUUGUCCUUUUUCCCCUUAUUUUUCAGCAGACAAAUCCAAAGUAACACCGAGAAAACAAAUUACACUAAUAACAAGGUAGGAAGAGAGUUAGGACAAAGAAUUCAAUAUUUGAAUUCAAUACUCGUCUUCUCUAUUUCUGUUCUUCUUCUUCUUCUCUAUCUUUGUUUACUGACAAAAAACACAAAUCUCAACAAACAAUCACAAAUCUCAAUACAUGUUCUUCUUCCAUUUAUUAACUCCCCAGCAAUUAAAUAGUAAAUUUUAUUUUCCCACAAACUUCCAUAGAUCUCCACAGGUACAUUGAUACUUGUUGCCCCCACUCGUAUGGGCGGUCCAGAUUCAUUCCCCUCUAUUUCAAAGGUAAAGAGAUGACCGGAGGCGGUGGAGACAUACACAAAACAGUUACACUGAAAAUAUCGGUAAUAAUUAUAGGAGCUACUGUAUGGCUUAAGGACUGUUUGGCUACUGUUUUUGUUUUUGAGGAGAUGGGGUGCAAUGAGUCUAAAUCAGUAGAUACAGAACUAGUGAUUCGUUGUAGAGAGAGGAAGGAACUGAUCAAAGCUGCUGCUAAUUACCGUUAUGCCCUCGCCGCUGCACAUAUUUCUUAUUUUCACUCCCUUAAGGAUGUUGGUGAAGCGCUUCGGAAGUUUGUUGAUGAAGAGCUCAUUGUUGGCUCUUCUUCUUCGUCUCUUUCAACUCCUUCUUCCCCUUCCUUGAUUUUGCCUGGUGAAAGCAAAAUUAGCAGCAAUAGAAGUAAUGCUAGUGGAACCAUUCAUCAUAAGCAUAAUAAAUCUUCUGGAUCUUCAAUUUCAGUUUCUACGGAUAGUUCUGUUUCGGAUUUUCACGAUGAAGACGAGCAUGACCAUGACCAUUCUCACUUGCAUUUGUCAUCAGAUUCAUCUGACGACGACGACGUUGAGCAUUUGCAUCUGCAACAUAAGGGUCAUAAAAAUAAGGGUCAUAGUAAUAAGGGUCAUAGGAAUGUACAUGAAGAUGAUGAGCCUCGAAGGGGUCAUAGGAAUGUACAUGAGCAUGAUGAUGAGGGUCGAAGGGGUCAUAGGAAUGUACAUGAGCAUAGUGAUGUGGGUCAUGGUCAUCAUCAUCAUCAUAUGGUGGAAGAAGGGGAGCCAUCAACUUCCUCAUACCCGCAACAGACAUAUGGGGGGAUGCCAUAUGGUAUGAUGAAUCAUGAGUCAUAUGGUAUGAUGAUGAAUCAUGAGCCAUAUGGUGUGAUGAUGAAUCAUGAGGUUCCUCCUCCACCACAAGGAUUUUGGGAUCCAUUUCAUGGAAUGAACCAACAAUUUCAGGCUCCUCCUUGGGGAGGAGGAGGUCAAGGACAAGGACAAGGACAGCAAUUUGGUGGUGGAAAUCCAAACAUGUAUGCUUACUACAUGAAGAGAUCUUCCCCUGUGAUGAACACAGUGGUUCACGAAGCAGAUCCAGCGUCGUCUACGGGGUAUUCCAAUUCGUAUUGGAGCUACCCUAAUGAAAAUGGUGGGUUUUUUGGAUACCCAAUGGCUCCUCCAACGGGUGAAAGGGGAAGUCAGAGUAAUCAAGGGAAGAAGCCAAGUCCUCCAAAGGAGCCACCGCCACCUCCUUCUCCAAAGGCUUCUCUUUGGGACUCUAUCAAUCCGUUUGAUCCUUAUGAUAACGGCUAUUUGGGUUACUUCUCACAUGAAAAACACGGUUCUGCAUCAGUAAGUAGUAGUCCUAAUUCGACUGAAGUGAGGGAGAGAGAGGGCAUUCCUGAUUUAGAAGAAGAGACUGAAACAGAGAUGUAUAAGGAGUACCAUAAAGGAAAGAAUUUGAGUAAUGAGUCAAGGACAAGGCGUUUUGGGGAGGCGAAUUCAUCAAGAAGUAGUGACAGUGGUAGGAAAUCAAUGCCACAAAUGCCUCAUGGAGUUGAUUUAAGGGGUGUAGCAGGACACGGUAGUGUGGGAAGUUCAAAGCUGGACUCGUCAUUACAUAAUGUGGAGGGCUCAUCAAGUUCGAGGGGAGUAAAAUUUGAGGGUAGUAGUGGCAGGACAAAGACGAUAUCAACAAUGUACGAUUCAGGUUCUCACCUUUCGAGUGCAGAACCAUCACACAGUAGUGGUGGCACAGGCUCAAUUGAUAUCACAGAGGAAAAGAGCAAUUUUGAAACGCUCGUGUCAAGAAGCCCAGAAGAUGUGCAUUUGAAGAAGAAAGGAGUGACUUUUGAGGUUGAUGAAGUGUCAAAGAACGAGAUCGAAUCACCCAAGUCAAGUAGCUUGACCACAUCACAUGCUCAUGGCACCAGGGAUCUUCAUGAGGCUGUGGCUGAAAUUAGAGAUGAAUUUGAGAUUGCUUCCAGUAAUGGAAGGGAAGUUGCUCUGAUGCUUGAGGUUGGGAAGCUUCCUUACCAGCCUAGCCUUGUUAAAGAGCUUGUAUCCAGGAUUUUAUACCUGAUUGUCCCGUCCAUGUCGGUAUCGCAUACGGUGACACUGAAGUCAGUUAGACUGGCUACCAAAACAAGAAAAUUGGCGAAAUCCUAUUUUGGAGAUGUUGGCCAAGACAAUGUUGUGCAGCCCUGUAACCUGUCAGCUACCCUUGACGAGCUAUAUGAAUGGGAGAAGAAACUAUAUAAGGAAGUUAAGGAUGAAGAAAAACUGCGGCUCGUAUAUGAAAAGCAGUGUAGAAGGCUGAGAAGCUUGGACGAGCAAGGAGCUGAGUCAAGCAAGAUAGAUGCUACUCAGGCAUCUAUCAGAAGAUUGCUAACAAAACUUAACGUCUGUAUAAAAGCAAUUGAUGCAAUCGCACGCAGAAUUCACAAAUUAAGGGAUGAAGAAUUGCAACCCCAAGUUGCAGAAUUAAUUCACGGGCUGGUGAGAAUGUGGAGGUCAAUGCUCAGUUGUCAUCAGAAGCAGUUUCAAGCAGUGAUGGAGAGUAAAACAAGGGCUCUCAAAGCAAAUACUGCAUUUCAAAGAGAUUCAAGCGUGAGAGCUACUCUUGAACUUGAGAUGCAGCUUUCGUCAUGGUGUAGCCACUUUAAUGAUUGGAUUUGCAGCCAGAAAUCCUAUGUAGAAUCCUUGAACGGGUGGCUUCUACGAUGCCUUAAGUAUGAGCUGGAAGAAACCCCCGAUGGACCUGUCCCUUUCUCCCCUGGCCGUCUUGGAGCUCCUCCAGUUUUUGUAAUUUGCAAUGAUUGGAGUCAGGCAAUGGAAGCAAUUUCUGAAACUCGGGUAGCAAUUGCUAUGAAUAGUUUUGCUACAAGUUUGAGGCAGCUUUGGGAAAGACAAGAUGAGGAGCAGAGGCAGAGGAUCAAAGCAGAAUAUCUCUCAAAGGACUACAAGAAACGGCUAACCAUGCUUCAGAGUAAGAGAGGGAGCGUGAAGCAUGAGCAAGAUGCAAUGUCCGACAGAAGUCACAUAAUUGUUCCAUCCGAAAAAGGCAUUUCACCAUUGGACGAUCUAAAGGUGGACUUGGAUAUGUUUAAAAAGAAAUUAGUGGAGGAGAGAACAAAGCACAAGGAUGCCAUUAAGUUAGUGCAUGAUGCAGCUUCUAGUAGUUUACAGGGGGGUUUACUUCCAAUUUUCAAGGCUUUGGAGAACUUCACUUCGGAAGCUCUGAGAGCGCAUGAACAAGUCAGGUUACAGAGUGUUAGAGACAGUUCAUAGGCAGCGUUGGCAUCAUUUUCACAAUUGGAUCCUAACUUUAUUCCUAUUUGGAUAACAUUCACGGUGACUAGUUAGAGAGAAUGAUAUAUUCGACAGUAACAGCAAUUCACGCAGAGGAUGCUCUUGGUUAUGCAGUGGCUAUAAGAAGUUUAGCUUUUGAGACUAUAAGUUUUAGCAUAUUGACUGUUAAUCAUUAAGUUCAGUUUUGUCUGUUGAUGUUAAUAGGUAGGUACUUGUAUAGUAAUUCAUUUAUUUGUUGAUUGGGUCUUAUUGGUGGAUAGUUUUAUCCAUAGGUAAUUUAUGCUGGAUGUAUGGUUUAUCAGGGUUGGGGAAGGGAUGCACUGUGGAAGUUAGUCCUAAGUCUGUGUCAGGGUAGGGUUGAUGAAUGAAAAUUUUGGCAAUGAUGCAGAAAAUAAACUCGUUCUAGUUUCCGUCC